UCGUCGCCUCCUCCGUCCACUCCGGGGUCGCGUCUCUUCAAUGACAGUUUCAAUGACAACCCGUCAACGACACCAGCCGGCCCUCCGCCUACCUUCAACCUCAACACCGCCGGCUCAUUUACUCCUGCUGGCCCUCCGCCGACGUCUGUCUUCGGGAGCUCGCAAGCCGGAACAAGCUUCAAACCAAGCCAAGGCUCUCUCUUUGCUGUCAAGCCGUCUAGCGAUGCUCCGUCCCUCUUCUCCGUUCCAAAUCAAGGACCCCAAACGACGCGAACCUUCUUCUCUGGCGCCAACACCAAUUAUCCCGCCAUCCCUUCGGCGCAACCGACCCGAUACCCUCCUCCGCAAAGCAGCCCACCGCUAAUCGAUUUGGCGUCAUCAAGGCGAGGCGGCGCAGAAUAUGACGAUGGAGCCGAAGAGGAUGAGUAUGACUAUGAGGAUGAGGAGCAGGAUAUGGACGGUGAUGAAGCGAUAGAAGAGGAUGAGCGAGAAAUGACGAUGGACGACCUUCUAGCACAACCGGGCACCCGCAAGGCAUUUGGCAUGCAUGACCUAUUGAAGAACAGCGUCGCUGAUUCUAGGGGUGUAAAGCGGACGCGACAAGAACAUCCAAACCAAUCUAUGUCCCUGAGCAAACUCCCGCGCGAUCUCGACAUGACAGGCAUCGCAAAGGACAUUGCAGCGUCUAUGCCGGAACCAUCGCUCCAUGAACCCAGCGACUUCAUUAUUUCGACAGAAGACCUGGUCUCCAAGCUCCUUCAUACCGAGUCCGCGUCUGGAUCACACGAGGAGGUCACAUUGGUCGCUCAUCAGCUCAAAACGCUAUGGGAGAAUGCUGCCGGGAUUCCGACUACGCGAACCACAUCCGCAGACCAUAUCGGCCCAACCGACGAGGAUUCCUGGGUCCAAAAAUGCUCAUUUCUAGUGGGCAUCCUAAUUAACCUGUACCUUCCUUCAAGCGGCUAUGCUCGGCCAGAACCGUUGACGUCAAGCUUCCGCCGUUCGCAAAGCUCACUCAGACAGAAACUCCCGCCGAAGAAGGCUGCCAUCCCAAUGCUGCUGCUGGAAUGGCUCAACACUUACCAUGACCCAAGCGCCCCCGAACUCGAACAAGUCCUAGCCGAGAAAUCCGGCUACUCUACCAACCCUAGCUUCUGGGACGUCAUAUUCUCAUCGCUGCUACGCGGGAAAUUUAGGACUGUGCUCAAGCUACUCAACGGCGCCAACUUCCGGAACGCAUACACCGCAGGGGAGGACGGCUAUGCUACCGAGUCAGGGUAUACCGGCGCACAGCUUGUCGCCGUCAAUGAGGCUGUGGCGGCGACGGUGUCUGUCCUCGAGCAGUGUCCUGCCGUUACCUCGGAAGAUUGGGAUAUGAAAGGGGCGCAGUGGGCGCUCUAUCGACGCAGAAUUCAGCAGGCAAUUCGAGACAUGCGCGUAAUGGGAAACUAUGAAACGCCAGAGGGUGACGAGGAAUUUGAUGCCGGUGAUAGUUUGCGAAGUUCACGCGCCGCGGGAUCGCUGCUGCCGAUCGAAAUUGCCGAAUACCUGAUUGACAUCCUCAUGAUGUUUAUGUGCGUCCCAGACGAGGUCUUGAAGGCCUCAUGCGACUGGGUGGAGGCUGUUAUCGGCCUUGCCGUUUGGUGGGAUGGCGACGAAGAAGAUGUCGAGGCAGACACGUAUGGGUCGAGUUACUAUGUCAACAGACUGGAGCGCCGCAGUCGUACGGUAGAUGUGACGCCGGCGUUGGCGUACCGAAAGCGACUGUUCUCCGCGCUCACCCGCGCCCUUCGCGAAGGGGAGAACGAGACACAACUCGCCCUGAACACCUUGAACCCGAAUGAGGUGGGGUUGGCGUCUAUCCUCGUGGGUGACGUUGAAGGGGUGUUGGGUAUCAUCAAGGGAUGGUCCAUCACCGUUGCCUCCGCCGUCGCCGAGCUGGCAGAUGCCGGCCAAUGGCUGAGUUCGCGGCGCAACAAACCGGGGAAUUUGAUGAAGACAUUUGACAAGAGUGACCUGAUGGUGCUUGAUAUGGAUAAUGCCGACGAUACAACGGAUUUCUCGGUAAAAGAUCAGUAUUUGCGGCAAUACGCCAACCUCCUUUCGAAGGAGGAGACGCUGGAACGCCGAGAAGAUGUGGUCGAAGGCUGGGAAAUUGCAGUGAAGGUCCUCAGCCGGCUCAACGAUGGAGAGAAGGCGGACAUGGAAAUCACGAAAUUGCUCGAGACCCUUUCGAUCACGACACCUGCUCGGGUGGAGAAGCUUCUCAAUCUCUGCCAGAAACUUGAGCUCCCUGACUACUCAAAGUCGAUCACAGAGCGUUUUGCGGAUAACAUUGCUGCGUCUGGCGAAGAGUUCGGCCAAGCACUCCUCUACUACGCUCGAGCUCGAAAUCCAGACAAGAUCAAGGAAGUGCUCCACACUCUUAUAAGCCGGUGCCUGGUGCAAUCCAGAGCGUAUCCGCCAUCCGAGUCUCUAGAUCCUCAGCUCAAGGCUUUCAUCGAUACCCCGAAAACCUCGCUGACCCAGCUCGCCCGGAUCGACCCGGAUGCCGCCGAAGUGUUGUCCAAGUACUUAAGCGGUUAUGCGACGUUGCGGCGAUUCUACGUGUUACGCGACCAGGACGUCGACCCGACUUCAGGGAGAUCUCGACUUCGGCCCUUGGAAAGGAGACGGCAGGCUGCGGCUGCAUUGAUCGCGGUCAUCGAGAGUGCGGCGGAUCCUAUCCGGGGCGGUCUGUUCGAUCCUGAUAUCGACGUCGUCGUUCAGGUUGGCUGCUUACUUACGCUCCUGGGAGAAGCCCUGGCAUUCGUCAAUCAGUCGCAAUGCGUCUUAAUCACCGCCCAGAUCUUCGUGCUGCUCCGCGUCGCCGAAGACCUGCAAACCGUCUCCUCCCGCAUCUUUUCCCAGAACGAGGAGCUGUUGCAAUCCGCCAUCCAAGACUACCGCGCCCACUCCCGCCGCUCUCUCGCCUCCAAAUCCGUCCCCUCCCUCGCCAAAUCCACCUCCGCCCUCACCACCGGCUCCAGCCAGUUCUCCUUCGCCGGCAGCUCAGAGAUGACUGACAGCGCACCCGACUCCGUGAACCCGAGCGCCGAAGCCAGCGGCGUCCUCGUCCGAGGGCCGAAGAAGGACGAUGAGUCGAACGUCCGGCGAGGUUGGGACUGGCGGACGGGACUGCAGCGAGGGAUGGGCGGGAAGGAAGUGGUUCAAUUGCUCCGGAUAGCAUUGGGGAAGGAGGUUGCUAGAGCGUGGACGCAAGGCGAC